ACAAACAAACCAAACACAGCUCACAACAGUCAUAGAUAGAAGGAAAGGAAAGUGAAGAUUGGAUGUAAUGGCAUUAUCACUGUCUUCAUCAAUUCUUCCCUUCUCUAAGUUCAGUUUGAACCCUCAGUCUAGUAGAAAAAGUAGGAAGCGCAAUGCAUUCCACAUGGCUGUUCGCUCGAGCCUCCCCGACGACUCCACUCUCCUCCUUCAAGCGGCCAGAUACACUGUGGAUUCAUUUGUUGAGAGUGGAAUGGUGAUAGGGCUGGGGUCUGGUCGUGCUUCUGGUUUCGCUAUACAAUAUUUGGGGCGGCAACUUCGUUCAGGAGCCAUUACAGAUAUUAUUGGCAUUCCUACAUCUGUUGAUAGUGCAAGUGAAGCAGCAAAGGCAGGUGUCCCUUUGGAUCAGUACAGAGACAGUUCUAAAAUUGAUUUGGCAUUUGAUGAUGCUGAUGUUAUAGAAGAAGAGUCACUUGCAGCGGUCAUUGGGCGUCAGAAGAUGCAGGGUGGUGAGUCAAUAAUUCAAGAAAAGACCAUACUGAGAGCAGCUGGGAAGCUGAUCCUCAUUGCUACAGCAAAGCAAUAUCAAGGUGUUAUAGAUGGAUCAAUUCCAGUUCUAAUUAAAUCUAUCAACUGGUUGGAAACUGCUGAAGAAAUAGACGACCUGUUUCUUGGGGAUGCAGAGGUACUCCAUAUAUUAGAGUUCUCCAAUGCGGGUCCAUUAGGAGGUGACUUUCCGCUUGUCACUAAAGAGGGGCAUAACGUUCUUGAUGUAAUCUUUACAUCUCCGAUUCAAAAUCUUGCUGAAGUGGCUGAUUGUCUUGAUCAAGUGGUUGGCGUAGUUGAGCAUGGUGUCAUCUCCAGAAUCCCAUGCACUGCAGUUAUAGCGACAGAAGAUGGACUGCGCAUUGUUGAUAAUUCCGUUAAGAUUGAAGGAAGCAGGGCUUAAUUGCAGGACCUUUUUGUAUAUUCAGGUUACUAGGUGUAUAUAUAUGCCAAAUACAACUGAAUAUAUAUCUUAUAACCGGAGCCAGUUGAGUUUUUGUUCUACUUCUAGUUUAGAAAAUAUUAAGGGCUUGCCAUUGCCAACUUGAUUCGAAUAUUAUAAAAGAUUGGUCAUUACUUUAUUAUGAGAAUAAUUUGAUGGCCUUGUGUCUUUUUCUUUGUGGCAUAUGGAGCAAUCUGACAGCUUGAAGGAUUGGUAUUUUGAAGGUUGCGAUCUGGGGAUGAUAAGUUUGGUAACCCACUAAACCCCAGUUGGUGGAUCACCAUGAAGUGGUUAGGCCUGUUUGAUUGUCAAACUUUGUGACUCUGGGAAUUUGUAGUCAGCAGGCCAUACUUGACUGGAGACUAUGUUGUAAUUGUUUUCACAUGUAAAACGGGUGCACAGUGCACCUCCUUGAACCUAUUUAUUUCAAUUUUCACAUAUUGAAAUCA